CGCUGUACACGUCACACAUAGAGCAGAGCCGUUAUAUCACGUUUUUCUCCGUAUGGCUACUUCCUGUCACCCCGUUCCAGCGACCCUCGCCCCUGCCUCGUCGGCGUCUAUUGAGAGAGAGAGGCGGAAGUGAGUUGGUCAGCGGCAAGGCAUGCUGGGAGGUGUAGUCAGGACGCAGCCUACUUUCAUUUGAAGGUAGUACGAGUGGACUACAUGUCCCAGCCUCACCAGGGCCUGUAGAAGAAGGGCCAGGAAGCUCGUAUUGUGUGCGGUGUGUGUCCUCGAAACAGAAUGUCAGAAGGAGACAGUAUCGGUGACUCAGUUCAUGGCAAGCCCUCACUGGUAUAUCGCUUCUUCUCAAGGUUAGGGCAGAUUUACCAGUCGUGGCUAGACAAAUCCACACCUUACGCAGCAGUGCGAUGGCUGAUGACUAUAGGCCUAAGCAUUCUCUACAUGAUAAGGGUUUAUAUACUACAGGGUUGGUAUAUAGUAACGUAUGCCUUGGGUAUCUACCACCUAAAUCUCUUCAUAGCAUUCUUAUCCCCAAAGGUAGACCCAUCCUUAAUGGAAGAUUCAGAUGAGGGUCCGUCAUUACCGACAAAACAAAAUGAAGAAUUCCGUCCAUUUAUUAGACGGCUUCCAGAAUUUAAGUUUUGGCACUCUGCCACUAAAGGAAUCGUCGUUGCCAUGGUGUGCACUUUCUUUGAUGCGUUCAAUGUCCCUGUAUUUUGGCCUAUCCUUGUCAUGUAUUUUAUCAUGCUCUUCUGCAUAACCAUGAAGAGACAAAUAAAGCACAUGAUCAAAUACAGAUACAUCCCCUUCACACACGGGAAACGAAAGUACAAAGGAAAGGAAGAAACCGGCAAGCCAUUCUCCAGUUAAAAGAAACUGUCACCUUCUUUUUGACUUUCUUAUGUAAAAAUUAAACCUACAAAAAAAAAAUGAAAAACAGUUUUGAGCCAUUGUAACAAUGCCUUUUUAUCCACAUAAGCAUCGAUGUUUUUAAACAAUGGCAGUGCACCUUUUCUUUCUAAAGAUGUACUUGCUGUUCAGUUGCACAGAGUGGUAUCUCAGAGUUCUGCUGAGUGUAUGUGCACAGAUCAGUGCUGAAGUGGAAAAGAUGACUCGAUACGCUCAGAUUUUAUAGUGAACCGGUCACUUAGCAGUAGACUGUAACAGAGCCUGUAAAAAAACACAUGUGUAAAGCCUUGGAUAUGAGCGGCCUUUCUCUUCCCGACUGUAUACUGGUUCUGGGGUGGUAAGGCUAAAAGUGAUCUUGUUACAGCUAAAACGAAUAUUAAAAAAAAAAGUCUCCGCAAAAGAUCAGUAAUAUUUACCUGUCAGUUGGGUGGGGAGCCAUACCUAUGUCCUCUUGCAGAGCUGGGUGCAUUGGAUGCCUAAAAACCUGUUUGCCGUGUUUACUCUAGCAAUGUAGGGGCCAUUGGAUGGAACCACACAGCAU